AAUCAGAGUCCCCAGAUGCUGGCAGACAGAGCACAGCUCUACACUGGCCAGGAGAUCGACACAUGCCAGGGACCACCAGAGAGCGCUUGAGCAGGGCCCAGCUGCUGCCUGCCUGAGGAAGGAAGGAGGGUUCCCCUGCCGGCGCUCCAGCCCUGCCCACCGAGAAGCUCUCCCUCAGCCGGAUCUGCUCCUGUCCUGCCCUGUAAGUACUGCUGCUUCCUUGCUUCCUUUGGGGUUUUCCACAUGCCGCCAAUCAAGUAACCAAGCUGCUCUUCUCCAGGUGGGAGCUUGCAGCGCUCUCAUCUAGAGGAAGUCUUCCUCCUGCUAGACUUGUCUCACCACCCAAGACAAAGACGAAGGUCCACCUUCAGCAGAAACGCACAGCCUCGGCUGCGAGCCCUUGAGGGGUGUCCCCCUGGUUGCUGGCAUUCGGAACUCCAGCACAAAGUCACUUGCUCAGCCCCUUUGUGGGGCUUCCCAGAUGCCAGACUCACUGGAUGACUCUCAGGAACUCCAUGGAGACUUGGCGGAAAGGCUCCUUCCGCAAUGCCUCCUUUUUCAAGCGAAUCACCCUGGGGCGGCCUCGGAGGCUGCAGCGGCAAGGCAGCGUACUUAGCCAGGCCAGCACUGCUGGUGGUGACCACGAGGAGUACAGCAACCGGGAAGUCAUCCGGGAACUUCGAGGGAGGCCAGAUGGCCGGCGCCUGCCCUUGUGGGGGGAUGAGCAUCCCCGAGCCACCCUACUGGCCCCACCCAAGCCCCCACGCCUCUACCGAGAGAGCUCCAGCUGCCCCAACAUUCUGGAGCCCCCAGCAACCUACACCACUGCCUACUCGGCCACCCUGCCUUCAGCAAUCUCCCUGACAGGGCCCCUCCACCAAUGCUCAGAGGAGGGCCUUUUGGACACUCCCCAUUUCCCGAGGACACCUACUCCAGAUCUCAGUGACCCUUUCUUCUCCUUCAAAGUGGACCUUGGGCUUUCACUCCUGGAAGAAGUUCUACAGAUACUAAAGGAACAAUUCCCAAGCGAGCCUCACUUCUGAGCCGGUAAGGGUAAGAACUGGGGUGACCAGGAGUGGAGCCUGGGACUCAGGGAAGGAAGGGACAAUGUGGACUAAGGAAGAGGUGGGGACCAGAAGCCACAGUUCUCCCUGCCCUCUGGCUGCUGACCAAUCCUUCGCGUCGCCCAGAGUGAAGGGACAAAAGCCAGCCGGGAAUGUAUGGGAGUCACUUUCUGGCAGGAGCCCCGGAGGAAGCUGGAAAGGCCAGGAAAAGGAAGCCACAACCUGCAACCACAAGAACUAGUCAGAGGUCAGUGGAGAGACAGGGCAGCACAGGGGCGAGCCAGGGAGUAGGCUCAGACUGGGCAGAGCAGACAGUGGCAUGCAUGGACCAGCCUCUAAAGGUCGCAUCAACAGAGAAGUCACAGGACAGUCUAGGAAGAUGUAGUCUAACUGAGAUGAGAGGAAAGUGGAGAGGUCCGAGAGACAGGGCUAGAAAAGUUACCACUUACUGCACAGGACUGUUUAAUGAAGGAAAAGCAAACUAAAAAUUCAGCUCCAGAGGCUGGGGGAUUGCUCCCUGGAUGCAGUGCUUACUGUGCAAGCAGGAGGGCCUGAGUUUGGACUUCCAGUACCAGCAUUAAAAAGGUGGGUAGGUGCGCUAGCCCAUCUGGUGCUCGGGGUGCAGAAACUAGGGAUCCCGGGGCAGCUGGCUGGCUAGAUAACAAAAUCAGCACAGUUCAGGCCCAGCAAGAGAGCCUGCCUCAGUAAAUAAAACAUGGAAAACAACUGAGAAAGACACCUGAGAUCAGCCUGUGACCUCCACUUCUCACUCACUCACACACACACACACACACACACACACACACACACACACACACACUCACACUCAUACAUAUGCACCAUACAGACCCAAACACAAAUAAAAAUUCAGUUACUUUUCAUCCUAGUCAAUUUUUUUUUGAGACAAGGUCUUGUAUGUAAGUGAGGGUUGAACUUCUGAUCCUUGCACCUCCACCUCCUAAGUGCUGGGAUUACAGAUGUGUGUCACCACACCCAGAUUUUUGGCACUGGGAAUCAAAUCUCGGGCUUCAUGCAUGCUAAGCAAGUAUUCUACCAAGAGCCACAUGCCAGCCCUCUAGACACAUUUUAAAGAUGUUUUUAAAGAUUAUUCUUGGGGUUGGGGAUUUAGCUCAGUGGUAGAGCGCUUGCCUAGGAAGCGCAAGGCCCUGGGUUCGGUCCCCAGCUCCGGAAAAAAAAAAAAAAAAGAAAAAGAAAAAGAUUAUUCUUAAUUGAGUGUGUGCAUGCCUGCACGAAGUAUAUGCAUGUUCCUGCAGAGGGCAAAGACUUAAUGCUCCUGGAGCUAGAGUUACAAGCAGUUGUGAGCUACCUGAUGUAGGUGCGAGGAAUUGAACUCAGGGCCUCUAGAAGAACAGUAAAUGUUCUUAAUUGCUGAGCCAUCUUUCCAGCCCACUUAGGCACAUUUUACAUCAACAGCCACACCUGACUGACAGCUACUGACAGAGCAUAAACACUGACACUGUUAAACCAGCGUCCACUGGAUGGCGCUGGAUGGCCAGACACAGUGUAACCAUCAGAAGCAUGGGUAAGGAAAGGAAAGAUGCCAGCCUUGGGCUGCAAGUGCAGGAGGGGCUGACAGAGCAGGAGAGGUAGGCAGAGGAAAAUGCAGGGGAAAGGCCCAACAUCAUUAGCAAACAGAGCACGAGACUCAAGCUACCCACAGAUCUGUGAGCGAUCCCAGCGCUCGAGGAAGAAGCUCCUGGAACCGGCAGUUGUAAAGGAGAGCUCUGGGGACUUCCACAGGCACUGUGGAUGGGAGCCUCUGGGAAAGGCUGCAGAGACCGUAGAGAGGAGAACCUCACCAGGGAAAGGACAAUGCACCACCAAGAGGCUCCACAACCCUCCACAGGCCGGGGGCGGGCGGUGGGGGCUUUGCCUUGCCCAAAACAGACUAAAGCUAUGAACUGUGCUACUACCCUGUCCUGUGGCUUGGUCAGAUCUGAAUUUGGAGCCCAGAAGCACUGGACCAUGUGGGUCUGGCCUUCAGGCCACUCAAGUGUGAAAGAAGGGUAAAGGAAGCUGUGACACACACUGCCUCACAAAUCCACAUCUGUGACAUCUCUUUCCUGCUCUCGUGCAGAGGCGCCCAGAUUAAAGCCUCCUCUGGAAACAGGAGGCAACCAAUAAAGGUUUUUCUUAUUUGA